CCUUCUUUUCUUGUACACGACAUACAAAGUAUAUAACGAAUUUUUAUUUUACGUUCGCGAUUAUCAAUCGUCGGUCAUUCGCCGAGAUAACCGAGUUCGCGUGUGGUGAAAAAACGACAGUGCGAGAGAGAGAGAGAGAGAGAGAGAGCGGAGAACGGCUAGAUUCCACGAUAGUAGAAGAAGAAUAUUUUUACCGUCGACGACGAAGAGGAAGAGUGGAAACGGAGGGGAGACGAGAAGGAAAGAAAAGGCGAUCGGUUGAUCCACGAUGGCAGACCACGGGCAUCCGGCUGCAGUUUGGCUCUUCGCGUUGUUUUACCUUAUAGCGUACGCGAAUGCGGCUUCUUUGGAGAUUUUGCCGAGUGGCGAGACGCAAACGAAGUCGAUCGGAUCCAGCAACAUUUUUACGUGCAGGCCGAACGUCGAGAACCCCAAGCUGAUCACCGACAUGCAAUGGCUCGAUCCGCAAAAUCGCGUUAUAGAAUCUCUCAAACUCGUCGUAUUGCCGAUCGAAAGUACGUCGCCUGGCCAUUCGAAGCCGGCCAUGUAUACGGAAUUGCAUCAGGACAACAGCCUCUCGCUCUUCUUCAACUCGCUUCAAGAGGAACAGGCAGGGAGAUAUACCUGCAAGGGGACGUACGCCAACUCGGUGCCUCUGAAUAAAUCGGUCACGAUCGAUACAAUCGUUGCGAUUACCUGGGACGACGCACCGAAAAAUCAAUACCCGAUCCUUGGAGAGGAUUUCUCGAUCCUUUGCAAAGUCCGGGCCAGACCCUCGCCCUCCGUCGAUUGGCUUUACAACGGGGAGUUGGUGAAGACGAACGAUCAUUACAUCAUCGACACCCAUGCGCUAAAGAUAAAAAAUGUUCAAGAGUCCGACGACGGUAUUUACACGUGCCGCGCCUCCGUGCCGACUACCGGCGAACUUCGGGAGCGGCCAAUACGCGUCGAGGUCCACGUACGUCCAACCAUCGAGGAACGACCCACUCCGGUCGACGUAAUCGAAGGAGAAAACGAAAACAUCGAGUGCAAAGCCAAAGGCAAGCCCCCGCCAAAGUUCACCUGGGUGAAAUCCCUUACGAAGCAAAAUCUUUCCAACGCCGAUCGUUUUACCGUUAAUCCGGAUACCGGCGACUUGACCAUCGUCACCGUGAAUCGCGAAGACGCCGGGGAGUAUCAAUGUACCGCCACGAACGCGGCAGGUUCGGCCACCAGCAACAUAGUCGUGAACGUUAUCGUAAAGCCAAAAAUCAUGGAGUUCCCGAACGUAACGGUGAUACAGGGUAACGAGGUGGACGUCAGAUGCAAAGCGUUUGGUAGGCCACCACCGAAAGUGACCUUGAGGAAACACACCGCCGAGAAAGCUUACGUCGUCGGAACGCAGGCGGACGACGGCAGAAUAAUCUUGAUCAAUCAACCGGACGAGGUGACAGGCGAGACGGUCGGAACUCUGAACAUCCGCGACGUUCUCAGAUCCUACGACGGUCUCUACGAGUGCGUGGCCGAGAAUGCCGGCGGGGUAGCUCAUAAAAAUGGUCACGUGACCGUUGAAUUUCCCCCGUCGUUCGCUUUCAUGCGGAACAACACCGUGUGGUCUUGGGACAGGAGACCCGUCAAUUUGACCUGCAUAGCCGAGAGCAUACCGAACGCUACGAUCACGUGGAUGAUGGCCGGAAACAAAAAGAUCGAAAACGUGCCCGAGAUCAAACAGUACGGCAAAGGCCCGACUUCGAUACUUAUGGUCGUACCGCUCGACAGCAGGUACUACACGGAUUACAAGUGUAUCGCGGCGAAUUCGCACGGCACGCGAGAGAUCAUUAUCCAACUGAGGCAAGCAACGAGACCGAACGAACUCUUGCAGGCCAAGAUGGCCGAGAUCACGGCCACGACCAUCCGAUUCGAUCUCGUGCCGCCACCCACUCAUCCUGAUUUGCCCGUUAAAAGCGUCAUCGUGCAGUACAAAGAGGAGAUUCAGACUUGGGCCGAGGCUAGGAACAGAACUUGGUCGAUAGAUUCCGUUUACGUCCUCGAGGGCUUGAAACCGCAAACUUCCUACGAUUUCCGAUUUGCUGCGAUAAACAAGGUCGGCCAGGGCAAUUGGGGUACGUUUUACCGUGAAACUACUCCCGGAAGGACCUUCCCCAAAGAACCAACGAUCAUAACGAAAGUGUCGAGCGAGUACGACGUUUCGAUGUUCAGCAAUCAGUACGAACUUUUGUGGACCGUCCCACCGGACAACGGUGAACCGAUAGACAUGUAUCAGAUCAGAUAUUGUCAGAUCAAACCAGUAACCGGCGGCGAAUGGCAAACCGAGGAGGAUACUUGCAAAACGUUGAACGUUAAGGGUGUCGGUAGAACGAAAUAUUGGCUAAAGGAUCUCCACUCCGACUAUUUUUACAGCGUCGAAGUUAAGGCUCGCAACGCUAUGGGAUUUAGCAAGCCGGGCGUCGCCAGAUUCAAGACUGCCAAGGGUCUAGAUACGACGGUGGUACAUCAUCAGGGUCCUUUGAUAUCCAGCGCCGCGAUAAUCGGUAUCGUUAUCGCCGUACUCUUCAUCGUCAUCGUGAUCAUCGACGUGAUAUGCUGUUGCGCGCACAAGACUGGAAUCAUAUAUUAUGUAUGCGAACGAUCUCGACGGAAGCCCGUCGACGAGGAGGACGCCAAGCUCGGCAGUCUUUACGGUUGGCGGUUUCCAUUGCCGUAUUGCGACCAAAAAAUGGCCAAUGUCGCCGGGGUGACGGCCAUCCAAGACUCGGGUAGUGGAAAAAAUACCAUUAGAUUGGUCAAACACACUGCCAUAGACGAGAAGGAGCCGCUCAAGGAGGAGAAGAAGAUAACACCGAUCAUCGAUUCUGGAUUACGUAGGGAAACGUCGGUCACCUUCGAUGGCAAACGAUCCGUUUCGAAGACUGGCUUCGUUGGAAAGGAUUCGGCCGUCUAGAUAUUCUUCCGGCGUACUAGAUUGUAAAAGAUCCUCUCUCAAAGUAGAUACUUACGUACGCCUUUUUUCUCGGGCAUCGUUCAAGAAAAAAGUGUUCUCGAAAGUUUCAACGAAAAAUUAUAAAUUCCGACGAUGGUACAUUCGCGAACCCACGCUCAUACACGUAACCUAAUAACAGGUAUACGCGUACCAGAAAAAAUCUUUUUUUCUAUCGCGAAAACAUUUCUCAAGAUAAUUUUUCUCAUAUUGGAUUUACGACGUUACGUUUGAUACGUAUUCCCUCUUGCCUUUUCGUUUCGAUCAAUCUCUCGGAGAAAGGGAAAAUCGUUCGAGACGUUCGUUGUGAGUGUGCGUGCGUGCGUGUACGUAAUAGUAACGUAGCUGUUCUUAAAAAACCGUAAAGGAAGUCUUAGACCAGAUUUCAAUUUUCUCUACUCUCUAUGUCUCUCUCUCUCUCUCGCUCUCUCUCUCUCCCUCUCUCUCUCUCUCUCACUUCUCUUUCUCUUAACGAUCUUUUUUUCUUUUCCGAAAAAAAGAUCGAAAAAGCAGGGGCAAUCAGCUAAACGAAAGUACGAUAGAGAAUUUCGUCGACGGAUCGUCGUUUUAGAUAGGAACGUAUUCUGAAUGUAUUUCUAACGUAUUACCUACGUAUAUCCAAAACUGAGGAGGAGAUCAAGCAAAGUUGGGUAGAUCGAUCGUUUUGUGAGAGGAAGGAGGAAAGAAGAGAAUGAAAGAAAACAGCAACGAUAAGUAAGAGGAAAAGAAUGUACAAAAUUCAUCACGAGCGUUGGUAGAAGAACGCAUCGAUAAUCGGUUGGUCGAUGCUGCUUCGAGGCACUGUUUAACAAAAUAGAGAAUAAUCGCGCAGUCUAGUACGCUGGGUAGCAUAAGUGCGUUCGUGGCGCCGCUCGUGGCGCCGUUCGUGCCGAUCGUCUUACUUUUUUCGUGAGAUAUCAGGCACGAAGAAAUGAUAAGAAUCGUGCUCUGUCGUUUUUACCUUCUCUCGAUGACCUCCCGAAACGAGGAAGAAAGAAUGGAGUAAAAUAAUAGACGCAUUUUCCGAUGAAAACAGCAUGGAAGAAGAAAAAAAGCAUCGACGAGAGCAAUAAGAGCUCCUCGGAAGAAGGUCGGCAGAGUUUCAUUACUCCGUAUAACGUGUAUAUAUAUUUUUCAAGAUUAUUCCCCCCUACUCCCGUCCCCUGCGCUAUUUGUCUACUUUCACUCGAAUCCAUUCGAUAUUCUCCUUGAUUCGAGAAAACGAUAGUCAACGUUACUUGUGAUUUUCGUUCAUAUUCGCGACUAUCUUUCUUUUUUUUCUUUCCUUCAUCCUUUUAAAGACUGACCGACCGACUCUCUUUCCUUUACGUCCUCUCUCUCUCUCUCUCUCUCUCUGAAUUGUUAUCGAUUAGUCUUUCAAUCGUGCAUCUCGUUUCGCGAGCGAAACUACGAUUUUUCUCGUUAUGUACAUUUUCGUAGUAAGAAGAUUGUCUUUUCUCUGGAAAAGGCAAGAUUUUAUAUCGACGACGACGACGUAAGAACGCGUCUGUUUUUUUUUUUCUUUCGUUUCUUUGUAAUACGUGUUUUAAACAAAAAUAUUUACGAUAAUUUUCGAUAAACAUCGAGAAGAAUCGCAAAGUAAUUGACCACCCUAGAGAACGUUAUGUCGAUGAACGAUAGAAAAACAAAUUUGCCCGUUGAUAGGAUCGUUAUUCGAUAAUGUCUGCAGAUAUCGGAAAAGUCGACGAGUACCUACUUCUUUAAAUACGUGAUAUAUAGAAAAUAUAUAUCCACGUGCGAGAAAGUACUUGACAAAGAGGAAUUGUACGACCCUUGUGAAACGCUACUACUCUCUAGUAUUAUUAAUUGUUACUUUUUUGUUUUUACUUUAUCUUACUUUUAACUGGCAUUGGAACAAAAUCCGCUCUCUCUCUCUCUCUCUCUCUCUCUUCGAAUAUACUUAGAUACAUACGAUAUAAGAUGAACGUAAUCGAUGGCAUUUCGAAGGAUCGUUUCGUAAGUUUUUAAGACGGUAAUUAUAAAUAGAAGAAGAAGGAGAAAUAAUAAAAAUGCGGACGUAAGCUUGCCUGUUCCGCGAAAACGAUUUGCCGGUUGUAUACAAAGUCCGCGUCUAUGGUAGAACUUUGACCGUUCGAGUUUAUACACGCUGUUCGAAUUUUGAAAUGAAGAUGACUUUGAAUUCCCAAAGCAAAAUUCGAACGUUCGAGGUUAUACCGUAACAGAAAGUUUGCGACGUGAGACACGCGUGAACUUUUCUUGCCCUUCCUAAAUAAUAAAGAAA